AAAAAAUGAGUUCCAAUCAAUUAGCAGAAUUAAAGAAAGUAACAACAGUUGUUGCCGAUACAGGUGAUUUUAAAUUAUUAAGUGAAUAUCAACCAACAGAUGCUACUACAAAUCCAAGUUUAAUUUAUCAAGCCUCUCAAAUGGCAGAAUAUCAACAUUUAGUACAAGAUGGUAUUGAAUAUGCUAAAAAGACUGUUGGUGUUGAUGAUGAAAAGAAAUUAUUAGAAGCUGCUUUGGAUAAAUUAAAUAUUAACUUUGGUUUGGAAAUUUUAAAGAUUAUUCCAGGUAGAAUUUCAACUGAAGUUGAUGCAAGACUUUCAUUUGAUACUCAAGGUACUAUUGACAAGGCUAGACAUUUAAUUAAAAUGUAUGAACAAGCUGGUANUUGCAAAGGAACGUGUACUUGUAAAGAUUGCUAGUACUUGGGAAGGUAUUGAAGCAGCUAAAGUAUUAGAAAAGGAAGGAAUUCAUUGUAAUUUAACAUUAUUAUUUUCCAAGAUUCAAGCUAUUGCUUGUGCUGAAGCUAAUGUAACAUUAAUUUCACCAUUUGUUGGACGUAUUUUAGAUUAUUAUGUACAAAAUCAAAAAUUAGUAGUUUCUCAUCCAUCUCAAGAUCCAGGUGUAAUUUCAGUUACAUCAAUUUAUAAUUACUUUAAAAAGUAUAAUUAUAAAACUGUUGUAAUGGCAGCUUCAUUUAGAAAUGUUGGUGAAAUUACUGAAUUAUGUGGAUGUGAUUUAUUAACAGUUUCACCUACUUUAUUAAAACAAUUAGCAUCAACUCCAUGUGAUGAAUUGGAAUUAAAAUUAUCUGAAGAAAAAUCAAAACAAGUUGAAAUUACUAAAGUUGAAUUGAGUGAAAAAUUAUUCCGUUGGGAAAUGAAUGAAGAUGCUUGUGCUACUGAUAAAUUAGCUGGUGGUAUUAGAUCUUUCACUGCUGAUUUAAUUAAAUUGGAAAAUUUCAUUCUUUAUUUAAGUGAAUUACAAGAGAGUGAAUUACGUAAAGCCUUUAGAUUAGCUGAUAAAGAUGGUAAUAAUAUUCUAGAUGUUAAUGAAGUUAAAGAAUUGAUUUAUAAUUUAAAAAAUAGUAAUGUAUUUAUACAACAAAUAACAGAUCAAGAAGUAUUUCAAUUAAUGAAAUUACUUGAUAAAGAUAAUGAUGGUAAUAUUGAAUGGGAUGAAUUUAAAGAAACUAUGCAAAUAUGGAUAGAUCAAGAUCAAUCUUCUUCUACUAAAAAAAGAAAAGAAAGAGAUUAUAAUUUAGAAAGAGAUUCUGUACAUGAUAAAGUUCAAAAAUUCUUUUUACAAUUUAGAUCUAAUAAUAAUAUUGAUGAUAUUAAUAAUAAUAUGAAUAAUAAUAUUACUAAUAUUGGAAUAAUAAUAUUACAAAUGAAGAAUUAA